UCUGCUGCAUUGCAGAAGUACCAUGUGAUAGCGUUAAUAGAGGAAUUCGAGGAAGAAUUAAAAACUAUGAGUGGCACGUGCAUGGACAUUGGAUGCGGCCCGGGCGACAUUACCAAAAAUAUCGUCUUGCCGGCUCUUGAUAAGAGUGCCGUAAUGAUUGGUACGGACAUUUUAGAAGACAUGAUCAACUGUGCUAAUAAGAAGUAUAGUGAAGACGCGCGAAUCAUAUUCGAAGUAUUGGAUGUUCAGACUAAAUAUCUUCCCAAGAAAUAUAUUUCCGAAUUCAAUCACAUAUUCUCAUUUUACGCUUUACAUUGGUGCAGUGAUAUACGGUGA